AUGGCGUAUUCAGCUUCUAGGCGCCUAAUAUCUCACAUCGACUACAUGGCUUUGCGGAGCGCAAAAGCUCCAAUUACCCACAUGACGCAGGAGUUUCCAAUGAAUUUGUCUCUCUCCUUCCCCCAUGAACCUGCCUUUGCACAGGAAAAUGAGGUUCCUGGUGGCUAUCGUCUCGAACCCCACCAGGCACGGAAUGCAAAAGCCACCGGAUCCGAACAAGAGGGCUCUACCUCGCCUCUCUUCAACCAGCGCGAUUCGCACCCAUUCGACACAGUCGACGGCGAUGGCGAGUACAAAGAUCUACUUUUCACCUUUCCAAGACUGUAUUCCGACAUGGCCGUCGACAAAGACCCGUUUCUCGAUCGCGCAAUGCCAUUGAAUCCGCAUAAUACACCGAUAUCGUUGAGCGGCAAUCAGUCUGAGCUUGGAUCCUGGCGAAAAGACAAGCAGAAUGCUCUCUUUAUUGCAAAAUCUGACAAGAAUACCAUCAAUCGAGUGCACAAGGUAGCGCCUUCCAGCGAUGACCUUUUUGGUUCUCUGUUCAACAGUCGCAGAGCAAGACCGCCGGGACCAACAAAGCCUUCUUUCCUUUCCGACAUUGGCAUUCCGUUCCACGGCAGAGCGGAGAAUAUUCCACCUUUUCUUGAAUCCGGACCAAUUGAACAAUCCGUGCGCAGGGACCGGCGCCCAGUAACCCUUUCCCUAUCCCUACCACUACGAACCGGUAGAAAUGUGAGCCAAUACGCUGAGCGACCCAUUAUUGAACAAUACCUUGAGCCUCGCCCGUCACGACCAAAGCAAUCCUGGGAAACGCGGAGCAUCAUUCCUUGUCGAUACUUUUCUCGACCUUUUUCCACUCGCGAACUGGAGAUUUUGGGUAUACCUCUGAAAAAUCCCGAUAUGCCAUUUCCGGCGCCCAUUCCGACGGUGGACAAACUUCCUCUGCGCCGAGGCAUAAUUGACUUUGAUUGUGAACAGAUAGAUCAGGGCCCAUCAGAUUGCGAGGAAUCCACGAUAAAGCAAACAACAUCUGCGAGUUCGUUACCAAUACGGCAGCUCCCACAACAUGGUUUCUCACUCGGAAAAUUGGCGACAAAUAUGCUGCGCAUCUUCCCAUGGAGGAGGGGAAUCUUAGCUACAAAAGAGAACCAAUCAGCUCCAACUACUAUGAUUGUUCCGUGCCUGUCGAGAUGUGAGACACUUCCUAUUGGGCCCGAGCCGCUGUCGGCUGUCGGUACCAUUGAUGGUGCGUGCAUUCUUCAAAUCAACAUCGUUUUCCCAGUAGUCUACCUCCAACAUAUUGCGGCAAUUGUAGCCGCGAUUCGCGGUUACAUGCCUUCGCGGAUCGGCCUGAAGGUACUUUCCCUGACGCGGUUACUAUUUGAGCUCACCUUCCGGUGGCUGCUUGUUUUGUUGCGAAUCGAAAUAGCUGCUGAGAUGGAGCGCCUUCAAGAUUACGAAGGCGGCCUGAUGUGA